UUGAACCGCAUGACCCGAGUCAUAGUCUAGUAUAAAUACAACCAUCUUAGAAGUGAAUGGUUCUGGGCAAAAUAUUUGACUUGUAUGUUGGGUUUAACAAGCUUAAAUUGCACACCUCAAAGUUCGAUAAUACAAUCAAGGAGCACCCAUUUGAUGUUACAAAAGUUUGAGAAAUAGUUUGAUCAUUUCGACAGGCUAUGAGAAAGUAAUAUGAAUGCUAAGAAACUGCUAUCAUCCACUGCCACCUCCACUUUCCACUUCAACAAAAUACCACCCGUUGUCACAAACUCUCUUGUAUGGUCCCAUAAAUCCUGUACCCAACAAAACCCACAUAGAACACGAAUUGGUCCAUCCAUUUUAGCUACAAAUCUCAUUACGUCAUACUUUGAGAGAGGCCUAAUCAAAGAAGCACGUACACUGUUCGAUGAAAUCCCUGACAGAGAUGUGGUUACGUGGACGGCCAUGAUUGCAGGCUACACAUCAUCCAAUUUCCACACUCAUGCAUGGAAAAUGUUAGUUGAAAUGAUGAGAUGUGAAGUUGAGCCAAAUGAAUUUACCAUUUCAAGUGUGUUGAAAGCUAGUAAAGCUAUAAAGUGUGUUUUGUAUGGAGCUUUGGUUCAUGGGGUGGCUAUUAAGAAAGGCUUGGAAGGGUGGAUGUAUGUUGAUAAUGCACUCAUGGAUAUGUAUGCUACGUGUUGUGUUUUCAUGGAUGAUGCUUGUAUGGUCUUUAAAGAUAUGAAAAUAAAGAAUGCUGUCUCGUGGACUAUCUUGAUCACUGGGUACACUCAUAGAGGUGACGGCUGUGGUGGCCUUAGAGUCUUCAAACAAAUGCUAUUGGAGGAAGUAGAAUUGAAUCCAUAUAGCUUGUCGAUUGCACUGAGAGCUUGUACCUCGACUGGAAGGCUUAUUUUUGGCAAGCUAAUACAUGCAGCAGUAACUAAGCAUGGAUUCGGAUCCAAUCUUCCAGUAAUGAAUUCUAUGCUAGACAUGUAUUGCAGGUGUGGUUACUUAAAUGAGGCAAAUCAAUACUUCCAUGAGAUGACUGAAAGGGAUCUAAUAACAUGGAACACAUUAAUAGCUGGAUAUGAAAGAACGGAUUCCUUAGAAUCUCUCAAUAUAUUUUCACGGAUGAAGUCAGAAGGAUUCUGUCCAAAUUGCUUCACAUUUACUAGUAUUAUAGCUGCCUGUGCUAAUUUGGCAGUUUUGAGUUGUGGACAACAGGUUCACAGUGGAAUUGUUCGCAGAGGCCUUGAUGGAAACUUGGCAUUGGCUAAUGCACUCAUUGAUAUGUACGCCAAAUGUGGAAACAUAUCUGACUCGCAGAAAAUAUUCAGUGAAAUGUCUCACAGAGAUUUAGUCACUUGGACUUCAAUGAUGAUUGGAUAUGGAGCACAUGGAUAUGGAAAAGAGACUGUUGCGUUGUUUGAUGAGAUGGUUAUAUCAGGUGUCCGACCUGAUAGGAUUGUAUUUAUGGCUGUUCUGAGUGCUUGCAGCCAUGCUGGAUUAGUGGAUGAAGGCUUGAGGUACUUCAACUUGAUGAUGGGUGAUUACAAUAUCAAGCCAAAUCAAGAGAUAUAUGGCUGUGUUGUGGAUUUGCUGGGCCGAGCUGGGAGAGUCAGGGAGGCAUAUGAUCUGAUAGGGAGUAUGCCGCUCAAGCCUGAUGAGUCCAUUUGGGGCGCACUACUCAGUGCCUGUAAAGCACAUAGAUUUCCAAAUUUGGGCAAAUUGGCAGCGCGGAGAAUUUUGGAUUUAAGGCCAAAUAUGAUGGGGACUUAUGUGAUGCUGUCAAAUAUUUAUGCUGCGGAAGGUAAAUGGGGAGACUUUGCAAAAGUGAGGAAGCUAAUGAAACUUAUGGGAAACAAGAAAGAAGCCGGGAGGAGUUGGAUAGAGGUGAAGAACCAGGUAUAUAGUUUUGUUGUUGGUGACAAGAAGGGUUCUUACACAGAGACUGUCUACGAAAUUUUGGAACUAAUGAUCAGGCAUAUGAAGGAAAUAGAUAAUGUGCCUGAUGUAGAUUGUUUAAUGCACGACCUGGAUAAUAGAAAUUGAAUAAAGGUGGGAGCUGUAUAGGUAUGAAGAUGUUAAGAUGAUUAUUGGCUGAAGUGGUUGAACUUCCAAAUUUUUUUUGGUCCUCAGAGGCAAGCUCGUGUUGGCUAACAUGGAAGAAAUUUAAUAUUACACAGGUCCGGAAUUCUUUGUAGAAGAGGUUCAUUCUUUUAGUCCAUUCUUAAUUAUUUUGAAAGGCUAAUAUAAUCUGAAAACUUGUAAACUCUUAACUUAUGAAUGUACUUUUACGUGAUUGUAUUAUUAUUACAGCCAUCAUUUAGAAUGCAAUUGAUAAUUUUAAAUUAUUAAA